AUGUCCCAUCACCACCAUUCUCACGACCACGGCCACUGCCACGGCGAAGGAGACGAUGGGCACGACCACACGAAUGACAUCACCCCCGCCCUCCAAUCCCUCCUCUACUCUCAGAUCCAGUUUGACUCGAUCACUACAUUGAAUGAAGCGACACCUGCAUCCGGAGCUGCCAUUGUCAAGAAAACAUGGGUGGAGAGGCAGAACGACGAGCCGGAGCUGGAGAGUGACGCAGACGAGCAGUUGUUGAUGUAUAUUCCAUUUACUGGCCAAGUCAACGUCCACUCCCUUCUCAUCUACACUGCCCCCACACCAUCCGCUCCGAAGACGGUGAAACUCUUCAAAAACCGCGACGACCUAGACUUCUCGACUGCCUCGGAACUCAAACCGACUCAGACGAUUGAAGUACCACAGCCAAUCCCAGGAACUGAUGUUUUUGAACUGCCCUUGAACCGCGCGCACUGGAAUGCUACCACCUCCAUCACUUUGUUCUUCGAAGACAAUUGGAGUGAUGGCGAGGAAGAGGUGACAAAAGUUGGGUACAUCGGGCUUAAGGGUCAGUUCAUGGCCUUGAACCGGGAGCCCGUUAGCUUUCUGUAUGAAGCGGCAGCUAACCCUGGUGACCAUGUGGCCAUCCCUGGUGUCAGCGGUGUUGGUGGCCGGAUCAUGCCUGGCCAGUGA